CAAAGCAGAUAUUUCUAUUUUCAGAGCGCAGCUUUUAGUAAAGCUCGGCCCUACAUAUCAGUACCACUGGGCUUUGGUCUGUAUGUUUCCUGUCACAGAUGACUGUCUUUGAAGUGGUUUUUGUCUCAGCAGAGAACAGUCUAUUAAUGUAGUGACCAGCAAAUGAAGUAGGAGGAGAGGAAAUCAUGUACAACAUGUACAGACUUUUGAUUAUACAUCUACAACUUCAGACAUGAUCAGAAUCAACAACACCCAAUACUUCCACUUCCUGGAGCAGGCUGAUGCCUUACGCCGCUCAGGGUCACUCUGUGAUGCUAUAAUUUCGGUAAAGAGUCAAACUUUCAGGGCUCAUCGUCUAGUACUAGCCUGUGCUAGCAGAGUUUUAGCACAGCAGCUAGCCCACGGAGACAUAGACAGCCCUGUACGCUGCACUCUAGAGUAUUUUUCACCUCACACCUUCCAGCAAGUUCUGGAUUUCACCUACACGCAAACUCUUGAGGUCUCUGUGAAUGAUCUGCACCUACUGUUAGAAGCUGCACAACUGCUGGAGAUGCAGCCACUGGAGGAUCAAUGCAGGAAGCAGCUGGACACUCUUGACUGCAAGGCAGAAAAGCAGGAAAAAAGAGACAAAACCACUGAUGUCAAAGUAGAAAAGGAGACUCCAGAGGGACAAGAUCAACAUCCAAACGCAAGUCCAUUUCAUGAGGAUAAACUGCUUAAGAGGUCCUUCCCUGGGAAUGAGGCAAGCACUGCUUUGGAAAACCUUUCACCCUCUACUCCUACUAAGACCCACAGCAGUCCAUCACCCCCAAGAAAGAAGGCCAAACUCUCCCCUAUUUCAGAACCAAUUCACAGCAGAAACAGUGCUGUUGCCAAGCCUGCCAGUAGCAAUUCCUCUUUCUCUUAUCCGUGGACUUUCUCUACAAACAUGUGGGACUCUGUGAGCACCUUGAGGCGGAUAGCAGAAAACUAUCCAAGCUUACUUGCAGCUCAUCCUCUUCAGUCACCCAACCAGUCCUCUAUACCCUACCCAUACUCUCUCUCCAGUCCCCAAAUGUUCCCCCUACUAAGUUCUCAUUUUCAAACCCCAGGUCAGAACCCCGUAAUGGGCUACUCAGGCUUCCACCCCCGCUAUGCACAAAACAUUUACGCUGGUCCGACUCGAAUGGGAAACAUAAUCAAACAGAGCCUUUUAAAAAGAAAAAGAUCGAGCCAGAAAGCAUUUCCUGGGACUGUUCAACCUGGUGAAGCAAGUUACCCCGAAGUGUCCAAAGCCAGCAGAGACAGAGGUCAAGAGUGCCAACACUGCAGUCUACACAAUGAGCCGGUGCUGCGGGAGUCAGUCUCUACACAGUUAGGCAAAACCUGCACAGGAUGUCGGUUCUGCGGACGAGGAGACGUUACACCGCAUGAAUCAGAGACCAGAGGAGACCACAGAGGAGAAAAACCCUAUCAGUGCCAACAUUGCCCUAAGAAGUUUAGUCUCAAACAUCAGCUGGACACACACCACCGAGUACACACUGGCGAAAAACCAUUCGAGUGUCGCCUCUGUGGUCAACGUUCACGGGACUACUCGGCCAUGAUCAAGCACCUGCGGACUCACGGCGGGGCCGCGCCAUACCAGUGCACAGUGUGCCUGGAGUUCUGCAGCAGCCUGGUCGCCAUGCAGAGACACAUCAAGAGCCACGCAGUGCAAGACUUCCCCCCUGACUGGAGCAUCAACAGCACCUACCUGUACAUCUCCCACAUCUGAGCUAUGCCUCACAAUCCAACUGCCUCUAUCAACGCAAAGUUCUCAAGAGUGUAGCUGUAAUGUGUACCUCUCAGCUAUAGUCAUUACAUAGCCUACACACAGCUAAGCAUCAAUUAUAUUUCUAAAGGUAAUAUUUUUAAAAAAGUAUGUAUCCAAAUCCAGAGGGCCAUUAAACACUUACCCCUAAGUGAAAUGCAGGAUUACAAACUGGAGUGUAGCAGUAACUUGUAUACAAACUGAAACUGUUCUGUAUUCGCCGUCAAAACUACAGAACAGAUCAAUACAGCACUAAUUUCCAGUGACAUGUCAGAAAAAAGGUAUUGAAAGUGUUUACCAUGCAUUAAAGCCACAUCAACAGCUUAUCCUCAUCGAAUGACGCAGGCAUCUUCUCUCCGACUUUCAUUAUCACUUGACUGUCGUAUAAUCUUUGUGUGUGUGACUUAGGUUUACAGCACCCUCUUGAGGAGAACCACAGUAACAUUAUGACAAAUUUCAACUGAAAUAUGCAACACAAUGUCCAAAUCUAUCUUAUUCUGGACAGAAAGAAAGGAGACUUAUCCAGAAACAGUCAAGAUGAGUUUAAGCUGUAGCAGUACUGCUGAGAGAACUGGCAGCAAAAAUGUUAAUAUGACAAAAAAAAAAAACAAAAACAGGUUAAAGGAGGCUAAAAUUUAGCAAAGAUGACACCUGUCCUCUCAUUAAUAGUAACUAGUUAGAUUAUAAUAAGAGUAUUAUCACAGAGCUUUUGCAUCUAUACCAAGCUUGAUAGUGAGAAUAGCCGGGCGCUUUCUUUUCUUUAUUGGACGUGCUGUAGUAAAGGUCACUCAGAGGUAGGCUUGCCAACUGAAAUACCUCCAUAAAAGGUCCAUACAAGUUUCGGGGUUGAAAUUAUUACAUACAUAUUAUGUAUGUUUGCACACUGCUUCCUGGAAUGAGUUUUCAGUGAAGCUCUUGGGUCUGUUUCCAUCAAAAUGUAUUGGUUGAUUUGUACAGCAUUAUCCUAAAUGUGUAUUAGCUGUGAAAUAAAUAAAUAAACAUUAUUCAUCUUUCACUCUAAUUUUUU